AUGGCAUUUGUGAUGACAAGGAGCAUGCGUAUCAAUGCUGACAAUAUGGAUAUUGCUGGGAAGAAGGCAAUUCCCAGGCCACGGCCAAGAAAUGCACUUGGAGACAUUGGAAACCGCAUGAGAACUAAAAUGGCUGAGAAGAUGGAAGUCAAGGUUGUGGAGAAGGCCAUCAAACCUGCCCCAGGCACUGAAGAGGUUCCUAAGGAAGAAAAGCUGCAGAGCUCUCCAAGUCCCAUGGAAAUAUCUGGGGCCUCUCCUAUGGAGGAGCAGAACCAGGCUUUCUCAGAGGCACCUCUUGAAGUGAAGGAUGUGGAUGAAGAGGACUUUGAAAACCCCAUGCUCUGUGCUGACUACGUGAAAGACAUCUACUGCUAUCUCAUGGACUUGGAGGCUAAACAAGCAAUAAAGCCGAAUUAUCUUCAGGGACAAGAGAUCACUGGUAACAUGAGGACCAUCCUGAUUGACUGGCUGGUGCAGGUCCACAUGCGGUUUAAACUGCUGCAGGAGACACUGUUUAUGACAGUCUCUAUUCUGGAUCGCUUCCUGCAGGAGAAUCCUGUGCCAAAGAAGCUUUUGCAGCUGGCUGGAGUGACUGCAAUGUUCAUUGCCUGUAAAUAUGAAGAAAUUUAUGUGCCAGAAAUCGGUGACUUUGCAUUUGUGACUGAUCACACCUACACUAAGGCACAGAUCAGAAACAUGGAGAUGCAGAUCCUAAGGGUGCUGAAUUUUGACAUUGGCAAACCCUUACCUCUGCACUUCUUGAGGAGAGCAUCAAAGAUUGGUGAGGUGGAAGCUCCACUGCACAAUUUGGCUAAGUAUCUGAUAGAAUUGGCUAUGCUGGACUACGACAUUGUUCACUAUCCACCAUCACACGUGGCAGCUGCAGCUUUCCAUCUAUCCCAGAAGGUUCUAGAUGGUGGUGAAUGGACUCCAACUCUACAACACUACAUGGUCUAUACAGAAAGUUCUCUGGUCCCAGUCAUGGAACAUCUGGCAAAGAAUGUUCUGAAAGUCAACAGAGGACUUACAAAGUUUAUGUCUGUCAGAGACAAAUAUGCCAGAAGUCAUCAUAUGAGGACCAGCUGUCUACCACAACUUAACUCAACGCUCAUGGUGAACUUGGCCAAGAAUGUCUCAUAA